AUGACACCAGUUAAUACGUUUGAUUUCAAAAUAAUUGUUUUUUAAUUAACUGAGCCCUAUAAACUUUAGCAAUUAAUCAAUAAUGGAGAUAUCAAUUAAAAAAGGCAUAUUUCUUUUAAGUUCAUAUUUUGUGUAAUAACAAAAAUAUAUUUAAUAUAUAUUUGCUUUGCAUUUUCUCAGACCCUUAAGUAAGUUAACCAAUUUAAAAAACCCAAGACAAAAAUAACAACGAUAAGCAUUUAUCCACACAUUAUUUAUAACAAAACAAAUAUGAAUGAACAUAUAGCACGUGACUGUCAUCUUCCAGGACAAUUUUAUCCUAGGUCCCGGUAUUAUAGGGAAGUCCCCAAUAAGGAUAGUAAUAUAGUAACAAAUUAUUACAACAAAUCCAUAUAAGCACGUUCAUUUGCGUGACGUACGAAAAAUGAUUCAUAAAGUCGGUUAAAUAAAAGGAUCAUCGGAUUCAUUCAUUAGUGUCAAUCAACUGCAAAUUGGUAUAGUCCUAUUGGGACUACCAAUAAUAAUAUAUUAAUUACUAAUUAAUUAAUUGUGCAGUUAAACUAUCACCUUAGUUGACGUUUGCGUGUCAUAACAUACACAAGUCUGGAUUGCAUUUAUUUUUGUGUGGACAGUGUUAAUUUCUUUAACAAAAAUGGAGUUUGUUUUGUGUUUAAUUGUGCUUGCGAUACCUUAUAAUCAAGGUGCAGCACUUCCAGCCAGUGACCUCGAACUUAUAACAAAGAAUGAUUUGUCCAGUUCGAGUGAAUUGUCUCCAAGGAUCUCUGAUGGUGGCACCGUAUUCCAGAUGCCUACAACUAUUCAACCGGACCUCGUAAUCACUAUACUUGGAAGUCUUAACACAAAGGACGAAUCGUUUACUGUGGUUUUGCCUUCGACAAGUGGAAGUGAGGAUUGCCAGAUUCAAUUCUUUUUUGAAAAUAAAACUAUUGUAAUGUCACCAGCUGGUUCUAUUCAAGAACCGGCUUCAUACUGCAUGAAUCUCUCCGAUACAGUGCAACAUAACUUCACCUUGAAAUUAAAUGCGCGAGUUAGCGUAGCAGGAGUGAAAUCACUGGGCAUGGUUUUCGAAGGCGACGACUACGACGAGAGCCCAUACCUCACGUGUGUUAUCAAUGACUUUCAAGACAUCAAACAGAUAAUCAUGAAGGAAGGUGUAGCGAAUAUACACAGCCUGAAGUUCGAAUUUGAGCAAAACCAUUAGAAACACAUUACGUAUAUCGUUCCAUCAUUUAUAAGUAUAGUCACUUUAUUGUGACGAUAACGACACUAAUUAGUUAAUUAAGGUUAAAAUACCUUACUGGUCAUAUUAGACAGGUAUUAUGUCAUUAGUAUGCUUCGUAUUUAUUCCAUUUUUGUAAAUUUUAAUAAUUCCAAUGUGUAAAAUCUCAGUAUUAACGAUGUAGGUGAUUCUCAGUCAAUUUAGUUUAGGAGAAAAUUGUACAAAUUAGGUAUAAGAAGUAGUUAAUACCUGUGAUGUGUUCGUAAAUUUAGUUGUAGUUUCUAAUGAUGCUCAAAUAUGUUUAAAAUUAUUUCAUUAUUAUUUUGUAUUCUAGUCAAAAAACUAUAUUCACGGCUGGUUCCGCGAUAGUUUUGUAAUCAAAUUUGUGUCAAUUAUAUAAAUGAUAUUAUUGUAAUCGUAGUUUAAUUUAAUUUAUUGCAAUUGUAUCUAAUGGAAAUCUGAUAUUGAUAUGCAGAAGUAAAAACUUAGAACAUCUUUUAGAGACUUCCUCAGUUUUGUGACACUCAUGUAGCGUUAAAAAGGAUUAAUAGAAUUUAUAUAAACGAUAAUCCUAAGAUUUUUCAUUUGACAAAAU